AUGGGGCGGCAUCGUGGUCGUGGUCGGCUGCUAGCUCUGGCUAUAGCGUUCAUACCACUAUCAACAGCAUUCUAUCUUCCAGGGACAGCGCCGAGAGAUUAUCGUUAUGGAGACUCUAUCGAAGUCUACGUCAAUUCACUGACACCCAUGCUCAACUCAAAGUUGAGAUCACUCAUCUCCUACGACUACUAUGACCAAGUCUUUCACUUCUGUCAACCGGAUGGAGGACCAGUCAAGCAACCUGAAUCUCUCGGAUCCAUUCUCUUUGGCGAUAGGAUCCUCUCAUCACCGUACCAGGUCGACAUGAUGUAUAAUACCUCGUGUAAUACAUUAUGUCGUUCACAUGUGCCCAAGGACGAUGCGAAAUUCAUCAAUGAUAGGAUCAAGGAAGAUUACGGAGUCAACUUCAUCAUCGAUGGUUUACCGUCCAGCGAGAUGCGACAGGAUGUCAAGACGGGAGAAAUCUUCUUGGAUGCACAAGGCUUCAACCUCGGCAAAGCCGACCCUCAGACGCAACAAGUCGCUCUCAAUAACCACUAUGACAUUUGGAUCCAGUACCAUGUCAAAGACAACGCCCAGUAUCGGGUCGUUGGAGUCAUGGUAUAUCCUUCUUCUAGGGAUUCAUCACCUGUAGAUGGCUCAUCAGCAGCCAAUUGCAAAACAGAUCGACCUCUCUUCCUCUCUGAAACCAACGAUAAUGACAUCUACUACACCUACUCUGUCAACUUUAUCCCAUCCGACAUACCUUGGGGUCUUCGAUGGGACGCUUACCUUCACGUCUUCGACCCAAAAAUCCACUGGUUCUCCCUCAUCAACUCGCUCAUCAUCGCCUCCUUCCUUGUAUUCAUGGUCGCCAUGGUCCUGUACAGAACAAUAACAAAGGACAUCUCAAGAUACAACGCCAUUGAUCUCUCUGAAGACGUGCAGGAGGACUAUGGCUGGAAACUGGUUCAUGGAGAGGUCUUCCGAGUCCCAGAUAGACCCAUGGUACUGUCCGUUUUCGUCGGCAACGGUAUCCACCUCCUUAUUAUGGCGGGAGUGACACUCAUCUUUGCCCUAUUCGGAUUCUUGUCACCAUCCAACCGAGGAUCUCUAGCUACCGUCCUCUUGAUCUGCUGGACCUUUUUCGGAUGCGUAUCAGGAUACGUCUCAGCGAGGACGUAUUCAACACUCGGCGGAGAACAGUGGAAGCCGAAUCUGGUACUCACAGCUAUUCUCGUUCCCACAGUCGUUUUCGCCACCAUCGGUCUCCUCAAUCUCUUCCUCAUCGGUUCAUCCGCAUCAGGUGCUGUGCCGUUUGGAACUAUUCUCGCCAUUCUCCUCCUCUGGUUCGUUAUCUCCAUCCCUCUUUCCGUCGCAGGCUACUUUUACGGUCUAAAGCACGGUCCCUUCCCUCAUCCAGUCCGAGUCAACCCAAUCCCGCGUCAGAUCCCCCCCAAGCCAUGGUACCUCAACACGCUCCAAGCCGCCAUACUAGGCGGAAUUCUUCCCUUUGGAGCGGCUUUCGUCGAGCUAUACUUUGUCCUCUCCAGCUUGUUUGGCAAUCGAGCUUACUACGCGUUUGGCUUCCUCUUCCUCACGUUUGUGGUCUUGGUUUUGACCACCGCCACGGUAACUGUCCUAUUCACAUACUUUAUUCUGUGUGCGGAAGAAUACAGAUGGCACUGGCGAGCUUUCAUGAUUGGUGGAGGUCAGGCAUUCUGGCUCUUCGCGUAUGGGUUGUGGUAUUGGGCCAGUAGAUUGAGCUUUGACAACUUUACAAGUGUCGUCUUAUACUUUGGAUACUUAUUCAUCGUCGCUCUGCUCGACUUCCUGCUCGGUGGCGCUAUAGGAUACAUUUCAGCAUACUUUGCCAUCCGCAGACUGUAUACGUCGAUCAGGGUCGAUUAA